AUGCAGGAAAAACAAAUAGAAAUACACGCCUUGGUUUUUAUUUCUUUUCAUCGGUUCAUUCUUUCCUUUUUCCUUUUCUCUCUCUCUCUCUCUUUAGUUCUUAACUUUGUAGAAUUAUCUUUCUCUCUCUUUCUCUCUCUCUCUCUCUAUCAAAUUUAUCGAGGUCUCUCUAGAUUUAAUUUCGUUAGAGUCUAUCUAUCUAUCAAUCUAUCUAUCUAUCUAUCUAUCUAUCUCCGUGCAAUUAAUGUCAUUCAUUUACUUUCUUUGUUCACUUCUCUAGUUUUCGCUCUGAGUCUGUCCUCAUUAUCUCUCUUAUUCUCUACUUGUCUAACUUUAACUCGCCUACGUAUUUCUCUCUACCACUACCUGUACAAAAACCGAUGCCUUCCCUUACGCAAUCUCCUGCUAAUUCCAUCCCGCCAUCUUUCUUUUUUGUCAUUCUUUUCUCUUAGUCUCAGUUACACAUACGGUGUAUAUUUACAGCAAAAAAUCUACACUAUUUCUCUGGCCUUAAUUUUCUUUUUCUUCACUUGUCCUUCUCUUUUAUCUUGCAAACAUACGUGCACAUCUCUAAGUCUAUACUCCCAAACUCGCCUCUUCCUUACUUUUCUAUCUUUUUUUCAUUUUUUAAAACGUUCUUCUUCCUUUUGCUUUGUUUCUCGGCCCUUUUUCUCUCUUCUUUUUGCAGUCUAUGAUUGUGUUUUUAUCAUCAUCUGUCUUUCUUUUUUUUCCGUUUUGCUGACUUUUUCGACAUUUCCUUGUGUUUUUCUGCAACGUAUUUUUUUUUUAAAUUAUCUUUCACUCUUUCUUUCUGGUUUUAUCUUUUUCUUCCUUCCUUUUUUGCAUACACCUACUUACCUACAUAUCUAUCUAUCUAUCUAUCUAUCUGUCAGUGUUCAAAUCUAUCUCUCUAUAAAAUAG